UGCGCUUACAUCUGACCGGAAUACCCGGUACCGGGUAUGCCACAUCGUUGGUUUCAGUGAGAAUUUACAUCUCAAGGUAGUACGAUGGAUACAUUUUUGAAAAUCGUCUGGCUGCUUGUGUCAGCACUGUCCCAGUCAACGUUACAGCUGACACUCCAACGUAAAUUCGCCGAGACUCGGCAAGCGGCUACUAAUUACGACACAUCGUAUGAUGCCAAAUAUAAAUACGAAAUCAAAACAUUUGACGUGCGCGUGGAUCACUUUAGCUUUACCAUAGACCAUACCUUUAAAUUAAGAUAUCUUAUUAAUGAUACUUGGAGAACAGAAGAUGAUGCUCCCAUAUUUUUCUACACUGGAAAUGAAGGCAGAAUUGAAGUUUUUGCUGAAAAUACGGGCUUUUUAUGGGAAACUGCUCAACAAUUCGGUGCACUAGUGGUUUUCGCAGAACACCGUUAUUAUGGCGAGUCGUUGCCUUUUGGAAACAAGUCCUUUGCUGAUCCACAGCAUUUGGGAUAUCUGACAUCUCAGCAAGUUCUGGCCGAUUACGUGGAACUUAUUCAAUACCUAAGGUCAAAGCCGGGAUACAAGCGUAGUCCGGUGAUACUUUUCGGCGGCUCAUAUGGUGGUAUGCUGAGCGCUUGGAUGCGUAUGAAGUACCCUCAUAUUGUUCAAGGUGCAAUUGCAGCCUCUGCUCCGAUUUUACAAUUCACCGGCAUCGUAAAAUGCGAGGCAUUUGCCCGGAUAGUAACGUCGGAUUUUCGCGCUUCGAAUCCGACAUGUGCCAAACUUAUUCGGCAAUCGUGGAACACGAUAACCGAAGUAACCUCAAACGACGAGGGUAAAAAGUGGUUAUCGGACAACUGGAAGUUGUGUGAACCACUGAAGACUGCGGAGCAUGUGAAGACAUUGAAAGAUUUCCUACAGGAAGUCUACACAGACCUGGCUAUGGUCGACUAUCCAUAUGAGACUAAUUUCUUAACACCGUUGCCGGGCAAUCCGAUCAAUGUUUUCUGUCGGCACUUGACGAAUUCUUCGUUGACGGGAAAACCUCUAUUAUUAGCGCUUCACGGAGCUGUCAGUAUUUACACGAACUAUACCGGUAAAGCAACUUGCAUCUCUACUGAGAAUGCGGAACCAGGCUUGGACGCAGCUCAAGGAUGGGAUUAUCAGGCGUGUACAGAAAUGGUGAUGCCGAUGUGUCCCGACGGUGUCAACGACAUGUUUGAGCCGUCAAAAUGGGAUUUCAAGGAUUACAAUAAUACUUGCUUCAAGAAAUAUUCAGUGACUCCGCAACCUCACAGAGUUUGUCAGCAGUAUGGUUGCGAAAAUCUUUCUACCGUGACUAACAUCAAUUUUAGCAACGGAUUGCUAGAUCCAUGGACGAGCGGAGGUGUGCUGCGGAACUUGUCUUCGUCAGCGAUAGCUAUCUUAAUCCCAGAUGCCGCGCAUCAUCUCGAUUUACGGGAGAGCAACAGCAAUGAUCCGUACAGCGUCAUUCUCACACGCAAGUUCCAUCGGUACUCUAUCAAAAAGUGGAUUGACGAAUAUCGCUAGAAUGAGACUUCUGAAACGAAGUUCGAUAGAAAAAGCUGUUUUGGAAUUAUUGAGAAUAAUUACUUAUACGCCCGUCCAUUUUCUCUCGAAACUCUUUAUUUCGCAAAAAUGAUAAAUACAAGAACUAGACGCGUACACUGCGACAACAAUAAAUAUCUAGCAGUGCUAUGGGCUGCUUAUAAAAUUAAAUAAAGCGUCGACAAAGCUCCAUCGAAAACAUACGCGAAAAUAUUUCGAUAUCACAGUAAAUAAUAAAUGCGCUUGCUUCGUCAGGCAUUAUAAAUAAGACAUAAAAAAAUUCGAUAGGGUAUAAGAUGCUUUCGAGACAAUGCGAAAGUCUGAAACACAUCUCAAUAGGAAAUCUGAAAGAUUAGACUGUCUUUCAAUAAUUCUCAUUUGGAUACUACUAGAGCACAUCAAAAUCGUCGUUUCUUCAAAUAAGAAUUCGUAAAACGCCACUAUCGAGAUUACUUAAUGCUAAUACUUGACAGUAAUUGUAAGUAUGCGCUGUAUCAGUUUCCCUAAUUAUUUCUUUAUCGUAUUUUAUGCGACGAAGAAAUCAUGUAGGACGUGAGCGAAUAAGGUUACCAAUUACCAAAGAUGUACGAAUCUCGAAAUAUAGACAAAACUUUUCUUAAAAAAGA